GCCAUCCUGUUUGACCUGGACGACACGUUGUACGAGAACGGCACCAUGCAGCACCACGUGGCCGAGAACAUCCGCCACUACAUGGCCGAGCGGCUGGGCAUCCCCGCCGACGAGGUGGCGGAGCAGUGCGCCGACCUGUACCUCAACUACGGCACCACGCUGGCCGGGCUGGUGGCUAACGGCCACGCCGUCGACUACGCCGACUGGCACGCCGCCGUGCACGCCAGCCUGCCCUACGAGUCCUACCUGCGCCCCGACCCCGCGCUGCGCGACCUGCUCGACUCCAUCCCCCUCCCCAAGUACAUCUUCACAAACGCAGACGCCGCGCACGCCGCGCGCUGCCUCGGCCUGCUGGGCGUCGCGGGCUGCUUUGCGGGCGUGAUUGCGUUUGAGGAGGUGCAGGCGGCGGCGGCGGCCGCGGGCCUGGCGCACCACGGCUGCCCCGUGGUGUGCAAGCCCAACCGCCAGGCGUUUGAGCUGGCGAUGCAGCUGGCGGGCGGCCUGCAGCCCAGCACCACGCUCUGGCUGGAUGACAGCGCGCGCAACAUCACCACCGGCCACAAGCUGGGCAUGUACUCGGUGCUGGUGGGGCGCACAGGUGCGAGGGGCGGGGCGCAGGCACUCGUUAUCCGCCACAUCCACGACCUGCCCACCGCCCUGCCCUGGCUCUGGGCAGGCCAGCAG